CCAUUGAAGAGAAGGGGCAGUAGCAUUGAGAGACCUCCAGACUGCACAUGGCCCUGAGUCCAAUGGCUGGUGUGGUCCUCCAUGAAGACCCAAAGAUGACACCAAGUCUCAACUCUGGUACCCUCGCUGGGCCCAACAUGGAUGUGGCCUUUGAUCCUAUCUUGAGUCCACCCCAUAGUCCUGGAGUGCCUCUCGUUCCAGACCUGAAUCCAACUCUGAAUCUUGUUCCAGAGGAGGCCUCUGACCUAAUUCCUGAUAACACCACCAGCCCCGAAGACAAUCCGAGUCUCAUCUCAAAGCCUGACCCACAGGGGUCCCUUAGUCCAGCCUCAAACCCUGUUCUGAGCCCAGGCCCUACAGAGGCCACCUGUCUGAGCUCAGGGAACCACUCUGGGCUGAAUCCUGAGCAGGACUGCAAGCCCCUUCUGAGCAAGAUGUUUGAUUUGGGUCAGAGUAACUCCAACCCUUCCAGGCCCGAGUUGAGCUCAUUUAUGAGGUCCCAUUCUAGAGAAGCCCUGGUUCUGGGCCACUGUGUCUCUCGGUCGGGCUCACAAGCACCCCUUAUUCGAGUCUCAAACACUACUCUGGACCCUGGCUCUAAUCAGCUUCUCGAUGUGGGCUCAAAAAACAUCUGCGCACUAAACCUGAACACUGAUGCAGAUUCUGGUGGCACCCCAAUCCCAGACACAAAUGAGACUCUCAAUUUGGCUCCACGUAACAUCGCUGGGUCUAUUUCCAAAGGAUCCUUUGGUGCAACCUGGAGCACAAGUUCAAAGGGGACCGUCAACGCGGCUUCUAAUAGUCUCCCCAGACCUGAUGUGAACAUGACUGUCACUCAGGCCUCAUGCUUGACCCUGAUUUCUGCCUCGAGCGAUGGUGUCAGCAUGCAUUCCGCUGCCCAUGGCCCGAGGUCCUCCCUCUCGCCACCCUCAUGCCUGACUCUGAUCCUGGGCUCCAAUGAGACUCUGAGCAUGGGCUCCAGCCUCAUGAUCAGUGACACCUCCACCUUGACAUUGAGCAGGCAGCAGGAAUAUUCUGAGGACAAUAGCAUUCGCACCAUGCCCCUGGAGGGGACUCUGGACAGCUGGGCCGAGGUGUGCAACAAUGUAGUCAACGACAGCUUCCCUGAGGGGUCUCCACCAGGUCAAGACCCUAUAGUCCUGUCUGGAACUGAAAUCUUUGAUAAAGUGACCUCAAAUCUGAGGAAGGUGCCAGAGAACAGAGAAGAUGACAACAAACCGGCACUGGUUGAGAACGUCAAGGCCGUUCCGAAGGGCCAGGACUUGCUGGAAGGGGAAGGAAAGAAGAAGUCCAUGAUGAAGAAGAUGAUGAGGCAGAUCCAGGAUGAGCCGCUGGAUUCCCUUUCAAGCUCCGUCCGCCGGCAGGCCAUGGAGACCCUGGCCCAACUGAGCCACACCCAGCCCAUCCUGGGUGUGCAGGAGAGGGCAGAGCUGGUGAACACGUGUGUGCGGAGUGUGUUCUCACUGCCCUCGGUGCAGGCCAUGCAGGAGAGAGACGAGGCCAAAGCAGAGGACAUCCAGACACUUUACCAUCAGACCUUGGAUGCUCUACAGACAUUGCUUAAUGCCCUCUUUAUUGAAGACCCCACUCCUGCUGGACUGAAGAGCAUCUUGGAGCCCCUAGGGCCCUGGAUGAACUCUGGGAAGGCCCACGAGCGAGCGCGAGCUGUGAACAGCAACGUCUCCGUGUUGAACCACACACUCCUGACUCUGCCUUUCUUCAUGUCCUCGGGGUUCCCCGCACUGGGGCUCCUACUGGGGAGGCUCAUCCUUCGCAUUGGGGAUCCUGACGAGGAGAUUGGCCGGGAGGCGCUGGACGGCAUCACCAUCCUCUACACUAUCCUGGAGCUCCAGAAACGAGCCAGAGAUAAGGAAGAGACCAACAAGAAGGAGCUGUACGAGAGCAACAAGCGCUUCCUGGGGCCCUACAACCCUGUCAGCCCAUGCCAGAACAUCCUGCGUGUGAUCACGGAAUUUGGAGACUUCCUGGGGCCCCAGCAGGUAAAGGACCUGUUGCUGGCAGCCCUGGAAGGGCUGAAAGGCGGCUCAGAGGCUCGGGGGAAGGACUCCGGGGAGAUGAUGCAGCUGGCCUCUGAGGUCACGCUCAGCUCAGUGCUGGAGUGGUACCGCCACAGGGCGCUGGAGGUGAUCCCAGAAAUCAUGCAGGGCAUCUAUAUGCAGCUGAGCCACAUCCAGGAACCUCGGGCCCGUGAGGUGGCCCUGCUGCCCGUCUCCCUCCUGGCCAGCUCCUUCAUGACGGAGGUUGUGGUGGCCCUGCUCAUGUGUCCCCUCCCGCUGGACAGUAAUGGAGCAGAGAUGUGGAGGCAAUUGAUACUGCGCAAGCCCAGCUGUGAUGUCCGAGAUCUUCUGGAUCUGCUCCUGACCAGCUUGAAGGAAAAGCCAGUCACCAAGAAGGGCCGGGCCUCCAUUGUGCCCCUGGCGGCAGCCAGCGGCCUGUGUGAGCUGCUGUCCAUCAACAGUUGUGUCUGCCGCGUGAGGCGCAUCUACCCGCAGCUGCUGCUGGCCCUGCUCAUUCAGGUGCAUUACCACAUCGGCCUCAACCUGCCCGGCCGCGUGGCUCCUCGCAAGGAUGCCAAGACCGACACACAGCCGCCUGCCUUCGUACCUGUGCACUGGGUGGUGAAAGUGGUGAAAACCCUGCUGCUGAAGAUGGGCUGCUCUUAUGAGGCCACCGCCCUGGAGGACCAGGGUGGCUGGGAGCUCAUGGGGCAGGCGGAGAACCACCAUCGCGGAGUGUCUCUGCUGGCAAGGGCCAUGGUGCACUACUCCUGCCAGGAGCUGUGCCGCAUCCUCUACCUGCUCAUCCCGCUCCUGGAGCGAGGCGACGAGAAGCACAAGAUCACCGCCACAGCCUUCUUUGUGGAGCUCCUCCAGAUGGAGCAGGUGCGCAGGAUCCCCGAGGAGUACUCUCUUGGGCGGAUGGUGGAAGGCCUGAGCCACAGUGACCCUGUCAUGAAGGUGUUGUCCAUCCGAGGCCUGGUCAUCCUGGCCCGUAGGGCUGAGAAGACGGCCAAGGUGCAGGCCCUCCUGCCAUCCAUGGUAAAGGGCCUGAAGAAUGUGGAUGGUGUGCUCGUGGUAGAGGCGGUCCACAAUCUCAAGACCAUCUUCAAGGGGCAGGACCGGAAACUGAUGGACAGCUCAGUCUAUGUGGAGAUGCUACAGGUCCUACUUCCGCAUUUCAGUGAUUCAAGAGAGGAUGUGCGCCUCUCCUGCAUCAACAUAUACGGGAAGGUGGUCCAGAAACUUCGGCCACCCCGCACUCAGGCCAUGGAGGAGCAGCUGAUCAAUACCUUGGUGCCCCUACUGUUGAUCAUGCAGGAGGGCAACACCAAGGUGGGCCAGAAAUGUGUGAAGACCCUGUUCCGCUGUUCUUGUUUCAUGACUUGGGAGUUGCCAAAAAAAGCUUAUAGCCGGAAGCCCUGGGACAAGCAGCCACAGGCGGUGGCCAAAAUCUGCAAGUACCUUGUAAACACCCAUCGAGAGAAUGCCUUCAACUUCCUCGGCCAGAGCUUGGAGUAUACCAAGAACUCAAGGGCCUCCCUCCGGAAAUCUUCAGUCAUGUUCAUAGGGUCCCUGGUCCCCUGCAUGGAGAGUAUAAUGAAGGAAGACUGGCUGAAUGAAGUGAAAGGUGCUCUGGAAAACUUGAGACAUGAUCCAGAAGCAUCAGUGUGCAUCUGUGCGGCCCAGGCCCAGGACCACAUCCUGGCCAGCUGCUGGCGGAACUCAUGGCCGCUGCCACGUGGGGACUCAUGGAUGUGUGACCCAGCCACCACUCACCGCUGGAGCCCCAGCUGUGAGAAUCUGCCCACUUCCCACCAACGGCGCUCCUGGAUCAUGCAGGCACUGAACUCCUGGAAGAUGUCGUUGAAGCAGUGAUGUCCCAGAGUCCCCAUCCGUGCUCAAGGUGGCCAAGUGCAACUGUGCUCACUAUAAAUGCCCGGUGGCUUACCUCUCCAUCGUGAGCGUUUCCCCAUGGGAGAUGCCCCAGGCUCCAAGCAGCCAUCACUCUGUGUGAUGAAUCUGUGAGGAUUUGUCAUAGCCUUUGCUUGUUGACUCAUUUGACAUUUACUGAUAAAUGUAGGCUGUUUUGUCCACUUCAUAUAACUGGGGAAGCUGAGGCUCAGAGGGGCGAAGGGGCUUGCCCAAGGCUGCACUGUAAGCCUGUUGGACGUCUUCCCUUCAUUAUAAGAGCAAAAGGAGGUGAUGAUUUGGAUGCCCUUUGGGGGAAGGAAAGGAGGGGAAGAGACACCCCCAACUCUAUGACAUCUGUAUAUCUCAGAACCCUGAUCUCUGAGACCCACCCUUGGGUUUUUGGCCUGGUGAUUUUCCACCACAGAUUCAAGCAGUAUUUGUGGGACCUCUUAACCUGGGCCAGGACUGCUCUGGAUGCCAGUGAUACAGACAUGAAUGAGACCCACCCCAGGUCCUGAGCCCAGGUCCAGAGUAUGAUGCAGCAGUUCUCAAUUAGGGGUACUUCUAAUCCCCUGGGAAUAUUUCACAACAUCCAGAAACAUUUCUGGCUAAUGACUUGAGGGUAGGGAUGCUAUUAACAUCUGGUGGACAGAGACUAAGGGAUGCUACUAAGCAAAGCAUUCCACAAUGCACAGGACAGUCCCCACAGUCAUUCAGUUCAAAUUGUUUAAAAUGCUGAGGCAGACAAAUUUUGGUCUAACAGAUGAAUCAGAUAUAUAUAAAGACACACCAAAAGUACAACAGGGGGUUUGGGAGACUUUGGAGUCCAGAGGAGGUAUGUAGGCCAGGUGGGGGGUCAGGCAAGGUUUCCCAAGAAGUGAACCCCCAGGGGUGGGUUAAAGAUGACUACACAGUGGGCACGUAUGGAGGGGAGCAGGGUAUGCAGGACCAAGAACCAACCACAGGUUUGUUGUGGGAUGAAACCUAGAGGGCAGAGAGAGGACAUAGGGGAGGCUGUGGUCAAGGAGGAGGACUUCAUCCACAGGAAGGCAUUGUGGGAUGCUAAGCAGGGAGAGAGAUGGGUGGAUGUCAGCUUUAGAAAGCUCCCUCAUACGGAUACAGGUGGGGCAUACAUUGGUACAGCUAUUUGGGAUUGGAACCUGUCACUAUUUGGUCAUAAUUUAUGCCUACACACGACCCAGCAAUUCCACUUGUGAUGGAUGACUAAGCCAAUGGUGACAACAUGUUUAGAGGUGAACCAGGGUCAGAGGAGGGUGGGCAGGGUGGGGAAUAAAGCAGGGGAUAAAGGUCAGU